AUGGACCCAAUUCGACCAGAAUUCGAACUUUUGGACUCAGCAGGACUUGAGUACCACCGUUGGGUAGCUGAUGUGGAAACCACCUUUGUGGCAAAGGACUUCACCUCCACUAUCAAGCCAUCUGCCGACGCUGCUCCGGCAACUGAGAAAGACAAAGCUCAUGCUCUUAUGUUCCUCAAGAGGCAUAUCGAUCCUAACCUACGCUGGGGUUAUCAUCACUUGAAGACACCAAAAAAGCUAUGGGAUGCUCUAGAUAUCCGUUUUGGGAACAUUCAUGAUUCCUUAAUACCACAAUUGAACGUCCUGUGGAUCGAAAUCCGCUUCCUCGAUUAUGUAAAAGUUAAUGAUUUCCAAAAAGACAUUCUACAAAUUCAGGCACGUAUGGACUUUUGUAGAAAGAAACUAACUGAUGAGGAAAUGAUUCAGAAAACCCUAUCGACCUUUCCCACCUCUUCCAUGAUACUAGCAAACCAGUAUCGUUUAGAGGUUGACAACAAGAGAAUCACCACAUUCAGUAGGUUGAUAAACUUACUUCAAGUGGCCGAAAGGCACAAUGAGAUUCUUAUCAAUAACAAUGCCAGAUCUGUCGGGAAAAAGAAAGUUCUCGAAGCUAACCAUGGCAAGGUUAAUAUAGGAAAGAACCCCAAAGUAAAGAGGGCUCGACAUUCUGAUCCACAGCCAUAUGAUCCAUAA